AUGUCUCAUCUCGCUGUUGAACCCGAAUUCGAGCAGGCCUACAGAGAGCUGGCCUCUACCCUCGAAAACUCUACUCUCUUUGAUCAACACCCGGAAUAUAGAAGAGCUCUUGCGGUUGCCGCUGUCCCUGAGCGCACUAUCCAGUUCCGUGUAACCUGGGAAAAUGACAAAGGAGGGUUGGAAGUUAACCGGGGCUAUCGAGUCCAAUUCAACUCGGCUCUAGGGCCAUACAAGGGCGGCCUCCGAUUCCACCCUACAGUGAACAUGUCCAUUCUGAAGUUUUUGGGAUUCGAGCAGAUAUUCAAAAACGCUCUAACGGGAUUGAACAUGGGCGGCGGAAAAGGAGGUGCCGACUUCGACCCUAAGGGAAAAUCAGAUAACGAAAUCCGAAAGUUCUGCUCUGCCUUCAUGAUGGAACUGAGCAAACAUAUCGGCGCUGAUAUUGACGUCCCCGCCGGCGAUAUUGGCGUUUCUGGGCGUGAAAUCGGAUUCCUGUUCGGUGCAUACAAGAGACAGCGCCAUCUCUGGGAGGGUGUAUUGACAGGCAAGGGACUCAGCUGGGGCGGAAGCCAUAUUCGUCCCGAGGCCACUGGAUAUGGUCUAGUUUAUUACGUUCAACACAUGAUCGAUUAUGCCACGGACGGUAAAGAAAGCUUGAAAGGCAAACGCGUCGCUAUCUCCGGCUCCGGCAAUGUCGCCCAGUACGCGGCGCUCAAAGCCAUCGAGUUCGGCGGCACCGUCUGCUCCCUCAGUGACAGCAAGGGCUCUUUAAUCGCCCGCGAACAUGGAGGCAGCAUUACUCCGGAAGAAAUAUACCUCAUCCAACAGAUUAAAGUUGAACGCAAGCAACUAUCCACCCUCGCAAGCACCGAUGCUCUCCGCGAACGAUGCAAGUACAUCGAGGGUGAGCGGCCGUGGACUCACGUUGGCAAAGUUGAUGUCGUCCUGCCCUGUGCGACACAAAACGAAGUCUCCGGCCCAGAAGCACAGGCACUGAUGGAAGCUGGUGCUAGAUAUAUUGCUGAGGGAUCCAACAUGGGCUGCACGCUGGCUGCCAUCGAGCACUUCGAAGCUAGCCGUCGCUUCCAUUCUAAGGGCAAAUCCGUCUGGUACGGACCAGGCAAAGCCGCCAAUGCGGGUGGCGUUGCUGUCUCUGGUCUGGAGAUGGCUCAGAAUGCCCAGCGUCUGACGUGGACUGCCGCAGAAGUUGAUGAAAAGCUGAAGCAGAUCAUGAGAGACUGCUUUGUAACUGGUGUUGAAACUGCGAAGAAAUACACACACCCUGACGAGGGGAAGUUGCCUUCGCUGGUUACAGGGAGUAACAUUGCUGGCUUCAUGAAAGUUGCUGAAGCAAUGAAGGAUCAGGGUGAUUGGUGGUGA